AUGCGUUUCCUUGGCCUUGUUGCAGGAGCCGCCUCUCUUGGCGUUGCUACUGCUGGACUGAUUCUCCCCAAGUCAAACGAUGACACCUGCGCUAAUGUUGUGAAUACCGGUGAAGUCUUGCACCUUUCCGUCAACAUCAUUGAGUACCCUGUUAUCGUUGAUGUUGAACUCGAGGAGGACGCUGUCAUUACCAUCGACAACACUAUUCUUAUUGACUGCACCAAUGCCCCCACCCACCUUCACACUACCGUUUGGGCCAUCGAGACUUCCACUGUCACUAAGACUAUUUCUACCGCUACUAUUUCUGCUGAGGGUGUCGCUACCCAGGCUGCUCAGACCGCCGCUGCUUCCAACGAUGACGGCCGUACCGUUGUCACCAAGAUUGCCACCAAGACCAAGGACACCAAGCCUGACUCAACCAUUGCCCCGGUUGCCGGUGGCUCUGCUGUCGGUUCCGGUUUCAACACUGCCUGGAACACCAAGCCCGUUUCCCAGACUGCUGUUCGCACUAUUACCAGAACUGCUACCUACCACGGAUCUACCACCACCAAGACUUACACCACCGUUGUUGCCUCCACCACUGCUACCAUUGCCGCUGGACAGUACACCAACUGGACUACCUACAAGGCCAACGGUGUCAACCUCGGUGGCUGGCUCGAGAUGGAGAAGGUCUUCAACCAGUACUGGUGGGACCAGUAUGCCCCCAAUGCCGAUGAUGAGUGGACUUUCUGCAAGACCCUCGGCGUCCAGUGUGGUCCUGUCCUUGAGGAACACUAUGCUACUUACGUCACCACCGCUGAUAUCGACAAGAUGGCCUCUGUUGGUGUCAACACUCUCCGAAUCCCCACCACCUACGCUGCCUGGAUCAAGUUCCCCGGAUCCGAACUGUACCACGGCAACCAGCAGGAAUGGUUGAGAAAGAUCACCGUCUACGCCAUCGAGAAGUACAACAUGCGCGUUAUCGUCGGCCUGCACUCCCUCCCCGGCGGUGUUAACAGCCUGGAUAUCGGUGAAGCUUCCGGCCACGAUGCCUGGUUCUUCAACACCACCAACCUGGACUACUCCUACCAAGCUGUCGACAAGGUCCUCGCCUUCUUCGUCAACACCGGAUACCCUUGGGCCUUCACCAUUGCUCCUAUCAACGAAGCCUCCGAUAACCCCAGUGGCUUCGCCUCAAGCACCACCCUGAGCGCGAGCGGUAAGGCCUGGAUCGUCAAGUACAUGCAGGGCGUCCUGAAGCGCAUCGCCAAGAUCGACAAGCGCAUCCCUGUCAUGCUCCAGGACUGCUUCAUCGGCGAGGAAUCCUGGUCUCCUUACUUCCCUGCUGGUACCAACCUGGUCAUCGAUAUGCACGUCUACUACUUCGCUGCUUCCGGUGUCUACUCUCAGUGGGCCCAGGGCGCCAUCUGUGGACAGGCUUCUGUCCUCGCUGGUGAUGGCAAGUUCCCUGUGUUUGUUGGUGAGUGGGCUCUGCAGACUCUGUACAGCAACACCUACGCCAACCGUAAGGAGCUCUUCAACACUCAGCGCUAUGCUUGGAGCUUGUAUGUCCAGGGUGGUUCGUUCUGGAGCAUUAAGCACAACAGCAGUGCUGCUGUUGAUGGACAGGGUACCCAGCGUGAUUACUGGUCUUACGAGAGACUUAUCGACGCUGGUGUUAUCACCAACGUUGUGGCCAACGCUACUUACUGCUAG